CAUGGUACUUAUUCAAUCCUCCCUUAAAACCUUACCGCCAUACCAAUGGCGGUUUCAUCAAAAUCGCUAACGGGAAUGCUCUCCUUGUUUCAUUCCUCCAUUAAAACACCACUUCCCAAGUACUUCCUUCCACGAAUUACAGCCCGAAGAAGUAUUUCAGCUUCACAAAUCAAGCAAAAGCAAAAUGCCAAGGCAAAACGAAAGACUGAGUUUGCUGGCGCGGCGCAAGUGAAGAGGCGAACUCGUUCGGAUAGAGAGCUUGAUGGGGAUAGCUUCAUGAAAUACCAUGGGGAGGAUAAUAAAUCUGGACAUACUCCGGUAAUGAUUGGGGAAGUGUUGGAUGUUUUUGCUUCGGUUCCCCUCCGCUCUUUCGUCGAUUGUACCCUCGGCGCCGCCGGUCACUCUUCCGCAAUAAUUCAGGCUCAUGGUGAGAUGAAAUUAUUUGUUGGGAUAGAUGUUGAUCCAGCUGCUCAUGAGAUUGCUGAUGCUCGGAUAAAAGGGAUCUUGGGGUGUGAUACAUGUGAGCCAACUUCAGAGUUGUGUAUACACACAUUUGUCCAGAACUAUAGAAGUAUCAAGUCUGUUCUUGGUGGUAUCGAUGAGGCGCUAUUGGGAGCUGGGGUCAGUGGGAUUUUGAUGGACUUGGGGAUGUCAUCCAUGCAGGUCAAUAAUGCUGAAAGAGGAUUCAGUGUACUUGGUGAUGGGCCCCUUGAUAUGCGGAUGAAUCCUCAGGUCAGUUUAAAAGCAGAAGACAUAUUGAACUCAUGGCCAGAUGAUGAAGUGGGAAAGGUGCUACGGGAGUAUGGUGAAGAAAGCAAUUGGCAUCGCCUUCAGAAGAAAAUUGUGAAUGCCCGUCUUCAUGGUGGUUUGCAUUCUACCGCUGAACUUGUCAAUCUUAUUCGGAGCUCGACUUGUGGGACAAGAGGUUUGGUUUGCUUAUUUUAGUUCUCAUCUGAUUACAACUAAUUCAAACCUAUCUUUUGAUUUCUAAGUAGAAACAAGGUCAAGCCAUUGUCAUGAUCAAAUUAACACACUGUUAUUGUUUAUACUUGAUAAUCUAGUUCAAGUAGGAUAAUUUCUGCCCUUCUUUGACACUGAUGUGAUGUCCAGUUGCUCCAAAAUCUCAUGGGACUUAUUUUGGUGCAUCAGGAGGGAGGCAAGGUUGGAUAAAGACUGCCACAAGAGUGUUUCAAGCAUUAAGAAUAGCUGUUAAUGAUGAACUCAACACAUUACAGGAUUCCAUAUAUGCAUGCUUUGAUUCCCUCGAGUCAGGAGGAAGGCUUGCUGUAAUCUCGUUUCACAGUUUAGAAGAUAGGAUAGUGAAGCAAGCUUUUCUCAAUAUAGUUAAAUGUGAAGAUAGUGGAUCGCCUGGUUCUUCAGAAAUAAACAUGGACAGAUACGAAAAAGAAGCAUGGAUCAAACAGAUAAUACGCGGACAUAAAGCCAAUGUCCUCACUAAGAGGCCAAUAACACCUUCUGAGAAAGAGGAGAAGCUGAAUCCUCGGAGUAGGAGUGCUAAGCUCCGGGUGAUUGAAAAGCUUUGAUGAUUUGAAGAGAAAAUACAGCCAAGCAUUUUUUACCAAGAAGACCUAUAAAUAUGUAGGGUUAUGAAAAUUCUUCUUUUUUGGAAUUAACAGGGGAAUAAUCCUUGUAUACAGUUUACAUUCCUGUACUCUUGAGUCUGGACUAGGCCUGUUCAUUGGGUCGGGUUACCCGAGACCCGACCGACCCCCUGUGCUCUGGAGUCUGGACUGUUAAAACUCGAGCGUAGAAUGUUGCUUGUGGGACUAACUGUCCAGUUUCUGAAUUAUCUUUAAAGAGCCUGCAUCCUUUUCUCUUUUUUUCUUUUUUCUUUUUUUGUUGUUUUCUUGGUGUUCCGAAAGAAGCAAAUGUCACAUAAGCUCCCCCUGAUUUAAAACUGGAAUUCAUAUAGUUAUCAAAAGAG